CGCUUUCUGUCAGCCUCUCUCCCACUCCCUCUCCCCUUCACUCCUUCCUCUCGCUUCAUCGCUGGCACCUGAGCACACGCACCUGCCCGGGCCGGCUCCGCUCCCUCCUCCCCUCCCCCCCUCCCCGCCCCAGACGGAAGGCUCCGGCCUCCGCCGCGGGAGCCUCGCGGCUGCGUCAUCACCGCCCCGCCAGACAAGAUGGACACCGCGGAGGAAGACAUAUGUAGAGUGUGUCGGUCAGAAGGAACACCUGAGAAACCUCUUUAUCAUCCUUGUGUAUGUACUGGCAGUAUUAAGUUUAUACAUCAAGAAUGCUUAGUUCAGUGGCUGAAACACAGUCGAAAAGAAUACUGUGAAUUAUGCAAGCACAGAUUUGCUUUCACACCAAUUUAUUCCCCAGAUAUGCCUUCACGGCUUCCAAUCCAAGACAUAUUUGCUGGACUGGUUACAAGUAUUGGCACUGCAAUACGAUACUGGUUUCAUUAUACACUUGUGGCCUUCGCAUGGUUGGGAGUUGUUCCUCUUACAGCAUGCCGAAUCUACAAGUGCUUGUUUACUGGCUCUGUGAGCUCACUACUGACACUGCCACUGGACAUGCUGUCCACGGACAAUUUGUUGGCGGAUUGUUUGCAGGGUUGUUUUGUGGUGACGUGCACAUUGUGCGCAUUCAUCAGCCUGGUGUGGUUGCGAGAGCAGAUCGUCCACGGGGGAGCGCCGAUUUGGUUGGAACAUGCUGCUCCACCCUUCAAUGCUGCUGGACACCACCAAAAUGAGGCUCCAGCGGGAGGAAAUGGUGCUGAAAAUGUUGCCCCUGACCAGCCUGCUAACCCACCAGCUGAGAACGCGGUGGUGGGGGAAAACCCGGAUGCCCAGGAUGAUCAGGCAGAAGAGGAGGAGGAGGAGAAUGAGGAGGAAGAUGAGGCAGGCGGGGAAGAUGCAGCGGAUGCCAACAAUGGGGCCCAGGACGACAUGAACUGGAAUGCUUUAGAAUGGGACAGAGCUGCAGAAGAGCUUACAUGGGAAAGAAUGCUAGGACUUGAUGGAUCACUAGUUUUUCUAGAACAUGUCUUCUGGGUGGUAUCUUUAAACACACUGUUCAUUCUUGUUUUUGCAUUUUGUCCUUACCACAUUGGUCAUUUCUCCCUUGUUGGUUUGGGAUUUGAAGAACAUGUUCAAGCAUCUCAUUUUGAAGGCCUAAUCACAACCAUAGUUGGCUAUAUACUUUUAGCAAUAACACUGAUAAUCUGUCAUGGCUUGGCAACUCUUGUUAAAUUUCACAGGUCUCGCCGCUUGCUGGGAGUCUGCUAUAUUGUUGUAAAGGUCUCUUUGCUGGUGGUGGUAGAAAUUGGAGUGUUCCCUCUCAUUUGUGGCUGGUGGCUGGAUAUCUGUUCCCUGGAAAUGUUUGAUGCUACUCUGAAAGAUCGUGAACUGAGCUUUCAGUCAGCUCCAGGUACUACCAUGUUUCUGCACUGGCUAGUGGGAAUGGUAUACGUGUUCUACUUUGCCUCCUUCAUUCUUUUACUGAGAGAGGUUCUUCGACCUGGUGUCUUGUGGUUUCUAAGGAAUUUGAAUGAUCCAGAUUUUAAUCCAGUACAAGAAAUGAUCCAUUUGCCCAUUUAUAGGCAUCUCCGAAGAUUUAUUUUGUCAGUGAUUGUCUUUGGCUCCAUUGUCCUUCUCAUGCUUUGGCUUCCUAUACGUAUAAUUAAGAGUCUGCUGCCUAAUUUUUUACCAUACAAUGUUAUGCUCUACAGUGAUGCUCCGGUGAGUGAACUGUCCCUUGAGCUACUUCUGCUUCAGGUUGUCUUGCCAGCAUUACUUGAACAAGGACACACACGGCAGUGGCUAAAGGGGCUUGUGCGAGCAUGGACUGUAACUGCUGGAUACUUGCUGGAUCUGCAUUCCUAUUUAUUGGGAGACCAGGAAGAAAAUGAAAACAGUGCAAACCAACAAGUUAACAAUAACCAGCAUGCUCGAAAUAACAACGCUAUUCCUGUGGUGGGGGAAGGCCUGCAUGCAGCCCACCAAGCCAUACUCCAGCAGGGAGGGCCUGUUGGCUUUCAGCCUUAUCGCCGGCCUUUAAAUUUUCCACUCAGGAUAUUUUUGUUGAUUGUCUUCAUGUGCAUAACCUUACUGAUUGCCAGCCUCAUCUGCCUUACUCUACCAGUAUUUGCUGGCCGCUGGUUAAUGUCAUUUUGGACAGGGACUGCCAAAAUUCAUGAGCUCUACACAGCUGCUUGUGGUCUCUAUGUUUGCUGGCUGACCAUAAGGGCAGUGACAGUGCUGGUGGCAUGGAUGCCCCAGGGACGCAGAGUGAUCUUCCAGAAGGUUAAAGAGUGGUCCCUCAUGAUAAUGAAGACUUUGAUAGUUGCAGUGCUGCUGGCUGGAGUUGUCCCGCUCCUUCUGGGGCUCCUGUUUGAGCUGGUUAUUGUUGCUCCCCUGAGGGUUCCCUUGGAUCAGACUCCUCUUUUUUACCCGUGGCAGGACUGGGCACUUGGAGUCCUGCACGCCAAAAUCAUUGCAGCUAUCACAUUGAUGGGCCCUCAGUGGUGGUUGAAAACUGUGAUUGAGCAGGUUUACGCAAACGGCAUCCGAAACAUUGAUCUUCACUAUAUCAUUCGUAAACUGGCAGCGCCUGUGAUUUCUGUGCUCUUGCUUUCCCUGUGUGUACCUUAUGUCAUUGCGUCUGGGGUCGUUCCUUUACUAGGUGUUACUGCGGAAAUGCAAAACUUGGUCCAUCGGCGGAUUUAUCCAUUCUUACUGAUGGUUGUGGUAUUGAUGGGGAUCUUGUCCUUCCAGGUCCGCCAGUUUAAGCGCCUUUAUGAACAUAUUAAAAAUGACAAGUACCUUGUGGGCCAACGCCUUGUGAACUAUGAACGGAAAUCUGGCAAACAAGGUGCAUCUUCGCCACUUCCACAGUCGACCCAAGAAUAAAAUGGUUGUCUCAACUACCUUGACCUUCCCCUUGCCUUUACAUGUCCUUUUCUGUGGACUUCUCUCUUUGGAGAUUUUCUCCAGUGAUCUCUCAGCAUUGUUUUUAAGUUAAAUGUAUUUGACUUAUGUUCUCAGAAUUUAGAGAGAGCAGCAGAUUAAGUUGCUGCCUUCUUGCAUCUUCUGACAUCACUGCUGUCUGAGAUCUGUAUAUGUGUACAUAGAAGUUCCUGGAUACCCUAAAACCUUGGAUUAAACAGAAUGUGCAUUGUACAUCUUUAAACAAAUGUAUAUUAAUUUAUUAAAUCUAGUUGUCACUUUAUUUUGGACCUGCUGUGAUCUCGACAGGAAAUGUGCCACAGAGCCACAGUGCGGAGGCGAGACUUACUAAUGACGUCUCUUGGAGCACAAUGUCAUGGUGUUCCUAGCAGUUCUUAUUAAGUAAACUGUACAUUCUGUCUGUCUUGGCUGUUGAGACCUUACCAAGAACAUAAAAGGAAACAAAUAGGAAUCAGCAGUGGAGUGUCUGUGGUAAGAAAACAUGAACUUUGUGCUUCACUGUCUAUCAUUUUUGGAAGUUAUUUGUAUAACACCAAAGCUGUUGUACAUUUUCUACUGCCGGAUUUUUUUUCACGUGUUUCUGUUUGUAAUAUUGUAUAGUAUCUGUCUUGUGCUAGGUGAGGAAAUUAUUUUUAAUUUUGAUAAUUUAAUAUUCCUAGUGAUUAGCAUUGGGAGUUGGGUUUUUGUGCUUGUAGGGGCAUGCCUAUACUUAGAAGGAAAAAAAGUCCAAAAGAAGAUUUUCAUUUGUCCCCUCACCCUCCUUUUUCCCACACACAGGUAUCUUUUUUUUUCUGUUUUGGCAGCAGUGGCCAAAAGUCACGCAAGAUGAUAAGUCUUACAGAAGAAUAUUACCGAUGAUCUUACUGGAGUUAGGAGAUACUGAGGUGUUCCUGAAAUGCAGAGUUGGUUUGUGGUCUGAGAUCGACAGCAUUAGAAAAGACUGGUUAGAAAACGGUCCUGCUGGUUACUGCAUCAUUGGGUGAGGGUGAGGGAGUACAUUUCUCCUAGUUUUCCAUGAGAAAAUCCCACGGUUUCCAAAGCUUUUUGUUUACAGAAUAAAACUACAAACAAAACCAAAUUGAUUUUAUUUGUCCAGAAGGAACCUGGCUGAGUUGGCAGUUUAAUAUAUGAGUGUAGAAUGUAUUUCAUUGGAAAUGUGCUGUAAAAUCUCAGAGAACUAAACAUGCAAACUUGGUUUUCCCUUAUAACCAAAGCUUCAAGUAGAAGUUUAGAGAAAUAGAAUGGUUGGGCACAUGAUCUAAGUAUUUAAUGGUAAUGGUUUAUUGUAAGGGUAGUGUUUGUUUUUUCAACAAUAAUCCAAAAGUUCUCCGAGAAUAUGAACAGCAUAGGUCUUCAGAAACCAUAUAAGAAUUUCCAUAUAGUAUUAAAACCCAUAGACUAAAAUCUGAGGAUAUUUUAAAUAUGAAAGUCAGCCAAACAUAAGCUACCAGAAUCAAAAGCAACAUGUCUAGUUGUUUUAUAAUUCAAUAAAUUUU